CGAUUGAAUUGAAGUGGUACUGAGGCGUGUGUAAGGCCUGGUUUUUCAUGCUCAUUGGAUGUGUGUUACGAGAGCGCAGAGUUAAACUUUACUAUGGUGUUGUCUGGAAGGUGAGGCAAGUAAACUGCGCAUACCACAGACACAGUCGCUGAUUGCUCAUUGCAGACCAAUCGAUCCAUCGAUUCUGAGGGGGGACAUACGUCUGUGGUAGGAACAGAAGACAUCUGUGAGAGUGUGGAGUAUCUAACAGCACUGGGCCUCCUCUUGACAGCUGAUCUUUUCUCAAGAGUACGUUCGCGCCAUGGACGGGUCUUUCCAUCCCGGGCACUUCUGCUGCUUCCACUGUGACAAGUCACUGAGUGGAAUGAGUUACAUCCUAAGGGAGAAUAAUCCUCACUGUAUCCCAUGCUACAAUGACCUGUUUGCCAACACUUGUGCCGAAUGCAAUCAGAAGAUUGGACAUGAUUCUAAGGAUCUUUCCUUCAAGAAUCAGCAUUACCAUGAAACCUGCUUUGAGGCUCGUUACACGUGCCAUUUCUGCAAGGAAUCCCUGGCUGAUAAAGCUUUCGGUAACUGGGACAGCAAGAUGUGCUGCUCUAGCUGCUAUGAGAAACAUCUGGCCAACAAAUGCCAGGCCUGUGGGGAGAUUCUCAAACCUGGUGUGACAAGACUCGGCUUCCAAGGCAAAGAAUGGCAUGACAAGUGCUUCCGUUGUAAAGUCUGUGAGAAACAGAUUGGUACAGGCAGCUUUGUACCCAAGGAGUCUUCAGUCUACUGCACAAAAUGCUAUGAGGACACCUUUGGUAUUAAGUGCACUGGCUGUGGAGAGAUCAUCUCAAGUGGAGGUCUCUCCUAUCAGAAGAAGCCAUGGCACAGGGAUUGUUUCUGCUGCUCAGGCUGCUCAAAGUCCCUGUGGAAUCAACGCUUCACACUGCGUGAUGAGAAACGCUACUGUGCUGAUUGCUAUGGGGAGAAGUUUGCACGCAGGUGUUCAGCAUGCCAAAAGCCUAUUGUUGUUGGCGGGCCGACUCCCCCUGGCGCCAAUACUGGCCAAGGAAGCACGACCUACGUCUGCUUUGAAGAUCGUAACUGGCACAACAGCUGCUUCCAAUGCCAGAAGUGCCAAGUGUCGCUGGUCAACGAGUGCUUUGUCAUGGAUGGCCAGGACAUCGUUUGCCCAAACUGUGCUCAAGGCUGAUGAUAGGAUACAGUUCAAAAACGGAAUCAAUUCUGGCUGCAGAUGCUACUUGAGGGGUGGAGAAUUAAGCCCCCCCCCUUUCAGACCCUGCCCUCUUAUUUUACCUUGUUAUUAUAACUAAAUGAACAGAAUACCAAUCUAGUGUGAACAUCCCAUAGGGAGCAAAUUUUGAGUCUUUCAAAAGGAUGCAGAAAAAUGGCUUUUACAAAGAGCAGAUAUUUCCUUCCCUUUGUAAGAAGAAAAGAUUUGUUUGGGGAAAAUUAUGAAGUAUUAUAAAACUCCACAAUGUGUCUCUAAUGCACUUGUAGUAUAUAUAAAGGGAGAAUAAUAGUGUUUGAAUAAUCUAAAUAAAGAGGAACCCAAAAAUUAAUGCAAAUCUUAAAGAAAUGAAAUGAAUAGACUUUAAUUUUUUAUCUGCACUUUCUUUGAUUGUUUCAAUUUCACUGAUAUGCUGUGAAGAUAAAACCAAAAUAGUUAUUAAAAUCUGUACUAUGAAUUUAGUGUUCUAUGAAAAAUCCAGCAAAGAUACUGCUUACAUAUAUUUAAGAGAAUGAAAACAAAACGAUUACCUGUUAUAAAUCUCUUGUGGAAACACCAACCUUUCCCUGAUAAAUUUAAAAGAUAGAAUUUUACUGUGAAAUUGUGAUUUUGUUUUGGAGAAUGAAUUUACAAUUCUUUUCUGAUUGCACGUUGAAUGUAACAAGCAAAAAAAAACUUCUUUUAUAUUUCACAGACUUGGGAAUUAGAAUGUUUUCUCCCUGACUCAUGUAAGAUUAUUUUAAAGAAAAGUUCUGUUCUAUUUAUUGCCUAGCUUUCUGAAAUAGAAUAAAUAUUGUAGAAUUAUAGAGUAGGCUGUAAACAAUACUGUAUAAAAACAUUUUAAAACUAUGACACGUUUAUGCAAAAAUUUAUUUCCGUUAUGCAGGAGUUUACAAUUUACUGUGUAUGGAUUUUUAUCUUGUGGUAUUUGUGUUUUCAAACUUGAAUUCUAUUUAGAAGAAAAAAACAUUAUCAUGAAAAAAAAUAAUGUAUUGUUCAAACUUAAGAGUACCAUAUUGGGAGGGCGUUGGCAAAACAAUUCUAUUCAAUUUUUUAAUCCUUGGAUUUAUCACGAGGGGCAACCUCGUCCCGCUGUCGAUUUCACCAAACUCUUCCUAACUAGGUAUUAAUCUUAGGACUUAGGAUGAGUUAAGUUCCGUAACCAUC